AUGGCCGCCGCCGCCAUACCCACACCGGGCACCUACCUCCGCCGGCCACCCGCCGCUGCCGAGCACCCGAGCACGACGUGCUGGAACGCGAGCGGGAGGAGGGCAGCCGUCGGAGGGGUUGGCCGGCGUCAGGACACCAGGCGGAGCUCCGCCUCGACGCGUCCGGCAGCGAAGCUGCGGCUGGCGGUGGGGGCCCGGGAGCGGCGGCCAGGAGCGGGGGCUGCGCGCGCCCGCGCAAGCUGCGGCCAGCUGCAGGGGCCCGGGAGCGGCGGCCAGCAGCGAGGGCCGUGCGUGCCUGCGCGAGCUGCGGCCGGCUGCGGGGGCGCGGGAGCGGCGCCCGGCGGCGAGGGCCGUGCGAGCUCGUGCAAGCUGCGGCCGGCGGCGGGGGGCGCGGACGCCUCCAUGGCCGGCUUCCUCCGACGAGGUGCAGAGGAGCAGGAGGUGCGGUGA